UCUAUAUAAUAACAUAAAAAUGCAUUGAAAAAAAAUGAUUUCAAUUAUUACAAGCAGCGUCUUAUGAACAUGCAAACGUUAAAAUUUUCUGGGUAUAUUUGUAUUUACUUGCGUUGAAAAAAAAGCUAUUUGAUUGGUUAAAUCAUCGUGGGAGUUGCAAUUACAAACAAAAUUACAAUUUGAUUGCUUAAAUUAACAACGCUGAAAGAAAUACAGAUAUUCCUGAAGAAUUCGAUAAAAUAGAAGUAUAAAGCUGUUUUUGUGAGAAAGAACAGUUGGCUGUAAAAAGAAUCAAACUUGUGCGUAAUUAAAAUCAGUUUUCUUUCAAGAGACUCAUGAUUACUGUUGAAUCAUAAAUGAGUCUUUUCCUUGGAAAGAGUUGAGAAGGAAGGAUGCUUAUUGCACCAUUGCUGUUGUUUCAGUUAUAAAAUAGUAAAUUUUUCGUCCUUGCCUAGGUUUAGUUGGAAAUAAGAUCGGUUGACUAUGUUUACUAACAACAGUACUGAAUUAUCACCAAUAAAAGAAAUUCGACCAAUGGUUGGCUGUGCUCUUGAAUUUAAACCGGUAUAUCAUGUGUGUGGUGGGAUUCUUGCAUUCCUCAUAAUUUCAGUUAAUGUGUUUGUUCUACACUUAUUUAUCAAGAACAGUAAGUUGAGGGCGUUACCUGCAAACUAUUUGUUGAUAAGUUUGUCAGUAAAUGAUUUACUGUCUGGUAUUUCCGUUUUAAUCCAUUUUAUACCGUAUUACUACUUGGAUUUUCACGGGUGUGGUCGAAUGAUUCAAAACUUUGACCAUUCAUAUUUUUUAGCUGCUGAUAUUACUACGUAUGUGCUACUCAUAUCAACAGUUGCACAUUUAGUCCUCUUAUCUAGUGAGCGAUGCAUAUCGUUGUUAUAUGCGUUGCGUUAUCAACUUCUAAUAACGCGUGGUCGCGUGUUAAUCGCUUUAUUCUUAGCUUGGGCCAUUGGUUUUGUAGCUGGUGUCAUACAGCUAAUAUGGACUUUACCAUUUUUAUAUUCACCAAGUUAUGAAACUCAGAAGAAGAUGAUAUUAUUAAAUCAAGUUUAUACUAAAGUCAUGAUAAUCGGCUUUGCGUUCAUUCCAGUGUUCAUUCUCACCGUUGAAUAUACAUGGUUAUUGCUAUUGGUGCGCCGUUUGGUCAAAUCAGUACCAAAAAUUGACAGGUCACAUAAAUCCUUGAAAGAAAAGAAAACUUUAAUUAUUUACUGCAGUAUGUUCGUAUCGUUCCUAACCUUCUGCGUACCUUACUUAUUGAUAAAGUUGCUAAUUAGCGAACACACGAAGUCUGUUGAAAAGUUACCUGCUGAGUUUCUGGAGGGAGUCUUCCUCUUGCGAUUUGUUAUUUCGUUGGUGAAUCCAUUGUUGUAUACGCUUUAUAAAAGUGACUUUCGACGAGCAGCAAAAAUGUUGUUUUCGUUUUGCUGGAUGGAAAGAAAAAGAGGAAGCAGUAUUAGUUUUACUUCAUACCUCCACAACACUGAACACACGGUGGACGAUAGAUCGUUACUGCACCCUAGUAACAAUAAUGGUAGACAUGAAAGAUAUGAAAUGGCAACCCGUAAUUACCGAUGAAGAUAUUUCUUUUAUAAGUUUCAUUUUUAUGAGAAAAAAGUUUUUUUUUAAAGUCAAAUUACUUUCUUUUCUUACUCGACCAUCUAUUAUAUGGUCAUAGGCUUCGCGCACAUAUAUCCCCCCCUUCCCUUAUAAACGGUUUCCAUUCACCACACGAAGCUCCUUCAUAUUGUUCUAUAUUUUUGGCUGUUUUGUUCCUUUUUAUCAGGGUUGCAGGAAGAAGAGUCUUCUGCUUUUAGUCCUCCAUUGUAGUAAAUUUAAAUACAUCAAUUUUAAAAAAUUUUGAGCAUUUUAUUUUUCAAACAAAAUACUGCCUGACAUUUAUUUUGGACACUUAUUUAUUUUUUAAAACACUUAACGUCGAAACAUCUUUGAGCUCAAUUUAUUGAGUUUUCUGAACUCGUGCUAUUACUUUUCCAACAUUUAAUAAAAAAAAUAGUUUACAGUAUAUAAAUAUAUUUUUUUACAUUUUGUGCCUUGUAAAAUUACUGUAAUAGU